GCAGGGCCUGCCGGGAGUGAGCGGGGCCGGCGCCAGUGGUCGGCGGCGGGGGAAGGUGCCAGAGCUCGUGCCCUUCCCUGCCGCCGCCGCUUCCUCCAUUCAUUGCCCUUCGCCUCCUUCUUGGCCCGCUCGCCGCCAUGGAGGCGCUGAUUCCCGUCAUCAAUAAGUUGCAGGACGUCUUCAACACGGUGGGCGCCGACAUCAUCCAGCUGCCGCAGAUUGUGGUGGUGGGCACGCAGAGUAGUGGCAAAAGUUCUGUGCUGGAAAGCCUGGUGGGAAGGGACCUGCUCCCCAGAGGCACGGGGAUUGUCACCCGGAGACCACUCAUCCUGCAGCUGGUGCACGUCUCCGCAGAGGAUCGUCGGAAAACAGCUGGAGAUGAAAACGACCCUGCAACAUGGAAAAAUUCAAGGCACCUUUCUAAAGGGGUGGAUGCUGAAGAAUGGGGGAAAUUUCUACAUACAAAAAACAAGCUUUAUACAGAUUUUGAUGAAAUUAGACAAGAAAUAGAAAGUGAAACUGAAAGGAUUUCUGGAAAUAAUAAGGGAAUCAGUCCUGAACCUAUUCAUCUAAAGAUUUUUUCCCCUAAUGUAGUCAACUUGACCCUUGUAGACUUGCCAGGAAUGACAAAGGUGCCUGUGGGGGACCAACCAAAGGAUAUAGAACUUCAAAUCCGAGAACAAAUAAUUAGAUUCAUUAGUAACCCAAAUUCAAUAAUUUUGGCAGUCACUGCUGCCAAUACAGAUAUGGCCACCUCAGAAGCACUUAAAAUAGCACGAGAGGUGGAUCCUGAUGGGCGCCGCACACUUGCUGUGAUCACAAAGCUGGACCUCAUGGAUGCUGGCACUGAUGCUAUGGAUGUCCUUAUGGGAAGAGUGAUACCAGUUAAACUGGGCAUCAUUGGUGUGGUCAAUAGAAGUCAAUUAGAUAUCAACACUAAGAAGAGUGUGGCUGAUUCGAUUCGUGAUGAAUAUGGUUUUCUACAGAAGAAGUAUCCCUCUUUAGCCAACCGGAAUGGAACAAAAUAUCUUGCCAGAACCCUCAACAGGUUACUCAUGCAUCACAUCAGGGAUUGCUUACCAGAACUAAAAACUAGAAUCAAUGUUCUAGCUGCUCAAUAUCAGUCUCUGUUAAACAGCUACGGGGAACCUGUGGAUGACAAAAGUGCCACGUUAUUGCAGCUUAUUACCAAAUUUGCCACUGAAUAUUGCAACACCAUUGAAGGGACAGCAAAAUACAUUGAGACUUCUGAACUGUGCGGCGGAGCUAGAAUUUGCUACAUUUUUCAUGAAACCUUUGGGCGGACGUUAGAAUCUGUUGAUCCAUUAGGCGGCCUUAACACCAUCGACAUCUUGACAGCCAUUAGAAAUGCUACUGGUCCACGCCCUGCCUUGUUUGUGCCUGAAGUCUCCUUCGAACUGCUAGUCAAAAGGCAAAUCAAACGUCUGGAAGAGCCUAGCCUGCGAUGUGUGGAGCUUGUUCAUGAGGAAAUGCAGAGGAUCAUUCAGCAUUGUAGCAAUUACAGCACACAGGAAUUGCUGCGGUUUCCUAAACUCCAUGAUGCCAUUGUUGAGGUUGUAACCAGUCUUUUACGUCGGAGGCUGCCGGUUACAAAUGAAAUGGUUCACAAUUUGGUAGCUAUUGAGUUGGCCUACAUCAAUACCAAACAUCCAGAUUUUGCAGAUGCCUGUGGGCUCAUGAACAACAACAUAGAGGAGCAGCAAAGGCGGAACAGAUUAGCCAGAGAGAUGCCUCCUGCUGGGUCACGAGACAAGUCCACUAAGCCUCCUGGUGCUUUGGCACCCUCCUCCCAGGAGACCUCUACUGCUGGUUCUGCUGAGGUUGAUGGCAAGACAUCUCCUGCUAUAGGAGAAGGAGCCUCUGAAUCCGGAACAGGCAACUGGAGAGGAAUGCUGAAAACCUCUAGAGCAGAGGAGAUAUUAGCUGAAGAAAAGUCAAAACCAGUAACAGUUCUGCCUGCCAGCCCUCAAAAAGGACAUGCUGUAAAUUUGCUGGAUGUGCCAGUUCCUGUUGCACGCAAGCUUUCAGCCCGAGAGCAGCGAGACUGUGAGGUGAUUGAACGCCUCAUCAAAUCAUAUUUCCUAAUUGUGAGGAAGAAUAUUCAAGACAGUGUGCCAAAAGCUGUGAUGCAUUUUCUCGUUAACCACGUGAAAGACUCUCUUCAGAGUGAAUUAGUGGGACAGCUGUAUAAGGCCUUAUUGCUGGAUGAUCUUUUGACUGAAUCGGAAGACAUGGCUCAGCGCAGGAAGGAGGCUGCUGACAUGUUACAGGCCUUGCAACGAGCCAGUCAGAUUAUUGCCGAGAUUCGAGAGACACACCUUUGGUGAAGGCUUCUCCACUUUGAUGAAGAAAUGGAUGACUUGAAAAUUGCUAGGCAUUAUAUACUCAUGAACUCCCUAAGUGUACUGCAGUAUGUAUAAAUGCUCAUGUAAAAGACAUUUGGUUUGGCUUUCUACAGACAGAACAGUAUGCUGUAUUUUGCAAAACAAGUCAUAUUUAAUCAUUUCCCCUUCCAGUUCUCUGGUGCAAAGGACAAGUCUGUUCUCCCCUAAGGAACUGGGUUUGAAUUAAAACUGGGGAAGGAACUAUAUACAAUUCCAGUGCCUGGCUUGCUAAAUGAGUUGCCCGUGGAUAGGAUGAACAGUGUAGUAUUGUGAUGUAGCUUUUCCAGCUGCUUUUGCAAAAUAGUUUUUUUCACCCAUGAAGAAAGGACACCACAGUAUCUUCUUUAUAAAUGAAUUAAAUUGCAUGCAUUCAGAUCUCACGGAGAUAAACAGCACAGUAGAAAAACUGUCAUAACUUGUGUAAUGUGUGACCUCAUGUUUUAGAACUUUAAAGAAAUCUUUGGUUAACUUCUAAGCUGCAUUGGUGGGUUUUUAAUUUAGAUACAUCUGGAAUAAUUUUUAAAUAGGGAUCCUGCUGAGAGGCAAUGUCAGCCAAGGAGAAAUCAGAGUUCCUCAGAACCUUUGACUUCCAUCACUUUUUUGGUUAGGGACCGGACCAAGACCCUGGGACCAUCUAUUUAAGAGUUGCAAAUUAAAAAGCAGCAGCCUUAAAACCAUAGAGGACAUGUUUUUCUUUAAAUAAAUGUGGAAAUGGGGGAUGGGUAGAAAUGGGCAAUUUGUAGCCCCACCUCACUCCAUGUUGGACUGUAGCUCCCACUAUUCCUCACCAUUGCUCUACUGCUAUGGGAUGAUGAGGUUUGCAGUCCAAUGAGAAUCUUUACACAACAUGAAGUUGUCCAUCAGAUUGAUUUAUAUUGCUGUAGUCUAUCAUUAUGCUGUUAUGUUUUCCCCCACAUAACAUAGAGUUCACUUAGUUAAUGAAAUCCACAUCAGUUUCUCAGGGUUCUAUAAUUUUGACUUACACCAAGGAAUCAUGUCAGAAAUACACGUAUUAAGCUCACUUUGAUCUACUUAUGUUACAUUACGUUACAGUGCCCAUUCUCAACUUCUAUGCUCAUGGAAAAUGUGUGGGCUUCAUACACGUGGUAAACGUUUUAUCCACUCAACAUUUAUACAGCAUGAUAAAAAGUUAAGAUGGUGUGUUGUUGAAGGCUUACAUGGCUGGAAUCAUUGGGUUGCUGUGAGUUUUCCAGGCUGUACGGCCAUGUUCCAGAAGCAUUUUCUACUGACGUUUCACUCACAUCUACGGCAGGCAUCCUCAGAGUUUGUGAGGUCUGUUGACCUCAGAACCUCUGAGGAUGCCUGCCGUAGAUGUGAGUGAAACGUCAGUAGAAAAUGCUUCUGGAACAUGGCCAUACAGUCCAGAAAACUCACAGCAACCCAGUUAAAAUGGUGUUCUAAAACACUUAGGACAGAAUGUAUUUUUUUUAAAAAUUAAUCAGAGUAUUCACCAACAGUUUGAAAAUGAGUUGUCUUUUCCACCCAUUACAUUAGAACUGCAAUGCAUUUUUACUUGAGGCAUUUUAAUCACAUGACAAUAAAAUUCUGCUGAGGAUCACUUCUGGCAUAUUUGGAAAAUUUAUGGGGUCAAGAUCAAUCCUAAACUCAGUCUACCACCUGACUGAGAAAUUCCUCUCACUAGUAAGCCUGCACUAGUGUCUGACAAUGUAGAACCUCUUCACAUUAUAUGUGAUAUUUCUGAUAACUGGUUUACUCGGUAUCCUCCUUCAAAUAUAUGCCAGUGUAAAUGGUUAAACAGCUGAAUCUGUCACAUCAGUACAAUUUGCUGCAUUGGCAAACAUAUUUUUGAAAGGAAGAACCAAAUUAUUUUGUCUAAAUUACUCAUAAUAUAAAUGCAAACAGUUACUUUUUAUUUAACGGUUUGAAAAUGGGCUCUUCUAAAAGUCUAUUGUCACAUACUUUAAAUGCCCGGAACAAAACAAAUUAAUCUACCUGCCAAAAACUUUUUGUGAAUGUUGGAAACUAUUUCCUCUUCAGGAGUGCUUCGGAAGUACUUCAAGUUUUGCUGCUGACUAGAAAGUUAAAAUUAGUUUGUAAAUGUAUCCUGUCUUUUGAAGGACUAAAACAUAAAUGAUGAAAUUGUCUAAAUAUAUGCUGAGUGGAAAUUAUUGCAUACAAUUGUCUCCCUAAGUGUGAGCAUUAAUUUGUCUUAACCGUAUGAAAGGGCAUUAUAAGACUUAUCACUUUUAGUACCUAUUCUGAAAGUGAAUAGACAUUUUUGAGACCCCCCCUCCUUCCUAAUUUUUUCCCAACUCCUACUUAACUUUUUAAAAUGGGUUCUAAAUCAGUCCCAAAAAUGUCCAUUUCCCUCCAAGGGCACAGUGGCAGGUGCUGCCAACCAAGUGAAAUUGGUGAACUCAGUACUAGCCUUUUAAAGGAGAUGAACAGCCCUCAGAAAGUUGUUUAAUGGGAUUACCCAUAAUAUUACUCUUCAUUCUAUCCCAGAUAGUGAGCUAGUCAGUAAAAUGAAUCCCAAAGUUGUGUUCCUCUAGCUUGGCUGUGAUAUAUGCAACCUAUAGAUUAUGCCUUUCUGAGACUCAAAGUAUAGGUCUGAGAGUUCAAAGUAUAGGUCGCAGAGUAUGAGCUCCAUACCAUGAAACCCAAGUCCUUCGUGUGCUUUAAAAUAAAAUUUUAUCUUCCUAGAUUAUAAUCCUCUAGGUUUUGAAGGACAAGGCUGUACCAGACAAUCCAGUCUCAGGUUAGACUGCAGUGGAGUUUCCAAAGCAGCCUAGUAGUUUAAAUUUACAUAGUUGCAAACUGUGGAUAUUUGUCAACAGCUGUGAACCAAUUUAAAAUGACAGCUAUUAUUGCCACUUCUGUACUAGCGCUCUUAAUUAUGUCUCAUACAGGAGAGAAAAGCGAUCUGAAAUUUAGCAUGCUAUGUACGUAUUACAUAGUUUUAAGGCCAUCUGGGUGUCACUUCAUUUCCAGUGCUCUUCCUGUCUUUAGUAGACUGAUGCACCUAAAAUAACAGAAGCCGUGUUUUAACAUAGCCAUGUAUCUUGCCAUAUUUCAAAAAUCACUGUCGAGUGCGAUUUAUGAUAUCAAAAAACUGAUAAGAAUGGUGAAAUUCUUCAACUUAUAUAAACAUAAGAUUAGACAAGAGUACUGUAUGUAUGUAGCAACUAUUGUAAAUAAAUCCAAUUAUGGUAAAAAUGAGUUUUACAUUAAUAAAUCACCCUUUGAAGUA